ACCUUCAUUUGGAACACGAGAACGCUUCCACCGGUGAGAGAAGAACACAUGUCGGGGGACGGCGGCGACCCCUUCGAUUCUCUACCGCCGGCGAUCGCCGCCGACGUCCUCGCCCUCGUCGCCGACGCCGCCGACAUCGGGGCAUGCCGCCUCGCCUCGCGGGCACUCCUCGCGGCCUCCUACGCCUGCUCCCGGGUCCGCCUCCGCGCCGCCGCCCUCGCACGGCGACGCGGCGGGGGGCGGGGUGAGCCCCGCCGCCGCCCUGCCAUCCGAGCGGCCGCCGGGAACGUCGCGUCCCUCCUCGGGCCGCACCUCCGCUCCCUCGAGCUCGACGCGUCCGAGGGCUGGGGCCACCCGGACGACGCGACGUGGGUGGAGGAGGGUGAGUUCGACGAGGGCGACGACCUGCACCUCACGGCCCGGGAGACCGUGGUGGCGUGGGCGGGUACCGCCGCCGGCCCCGCUCUCCGGGCGGUAGAUGUCGCCGACUACUGGCCGCAGUCGUGCUGGCGGAAGGCGGAGGCGCUACCUGUCAUCUCCCACUUCUGUAGUAAUCUUAUGAAAUUGCGUCUGAAAAAUGCAUGGCUAUCCGUUGAUGGGCUCAGGAUAAUGCCUAAUCUUACUCAUCUGACACUUGAGUUCAUCAGAUUAGAUGAUGAGGACCUCAACAAAUUGAACGAGUGCUUCCCUUGCCUUCAGAUCCUCAAUCUUAUUGGGGUUGGAGGGCUUAAAGACCCCAAAAUUUGCCUUCAUCAACUAAAUACUUGCCACUGGGAGGUAUCAAAUGUUCCAAGAUCUUUAACUAUCCAUGCACCUAACUUGGUUCAUCUUGAGUUGAAAUGUGUUCGACCAGAUAUGCUCAUUUUGGAUACUCCAUCCAUGUCUACUCUGAAGUUAACAAUGGACAAACUUGGACCAAAUGCCAUAGUUGAUGGCCUUGCGAGUUUAAAAAAUCUGAGGGUAGAGUCAUUGGAUCUCAAGUCCCUAUUGCAGGUAUUCAUCGACAAUCGUGAUAUCACUACAUUAGAGCUUGAGCUGCCCGCCUCUACAAAGGACUAUGAACUUUUUGAAGCAGUGAAGCCUGAGUAUCUUCUGCAGCUGUUUGCCAGCAUCAGCGAAGUCAAGUUGGCCCCACGAUUUUCUCGUGAAAUGAUGCGUUGCCUAAUCUUGUGCACCAUCAAUCACUUUAGAAGCCGUUCGAGGAGACUUCUGUUGCAUCUACCACCAGUGAAGGAUGUUCCUCUGCUUGCACCCUUGUUUGAGAACUGUGCUCCAUCUUGCGAGGUGACUAUUCUUUUCCAUGCCGAUUCCAGUGAUGAUAUCCGCCGAGCCGUGGCAUCAAUUUGGACACAAAGGUUUCCGGAGAUCAUAUGGCAGUGGGGUACCUGGAACUAAUCACGCAUAUAUGCAUCGACAUGGAGAUAAAGGAUCACAGAACUAACACUACAUCUGGUACCUUCUGUUAACGUAGUAGACUCUUUCGAAGUGUUAUAAACUGUUAGGUUUGCUGUUGCUUAAUUUUGGUGAAUAGAUGGAUGCUCAAUUGCACAUAGGGCUCUGUUUUGCUCAUUGCACCUAUACACAAAAUGUGGUAAGAUAACUUACUUUUGGCUAGUCUCUGUGCUUGAUCUACCCCUUCUGUUGUACAACUCACUUAAUGUUGAAAUUAUUUAGUACUUGUAACCUAGAAUCUGCUAAAUUGUGUUUUUGAUAGGCUAUCUGCAUACCAUGAUAUUGCUUCCUCAG